CAAAUCCCAUUUGACAAUUAACCUUUUACCCCCAACCCUGACCUCCCCUUCUUUCUUCUCUUCCAACUUCUCAAAUACAUACAAUUCCCUCUCCCUCCCUCUGUAUAUACUCUCACCUUUCCUUUUUUCCCUUUAAUGGAUGAGGAUCUCCACUUCUCUGACUUAAUCGGGCAGAUUGAUUGCAACUUCUUUGAUGAAUUCCCGGAGGUGGAAUUCCCUGUUGUCCAGGACUCGGCAUCCCCCGACUCUAUUUCUUCCUGGAUCAACCAUAUAGAAAACGCCUUAUUGAAUGACGAUGAAGACAACGCCCCUUCCCUUCCUACUCCUUCUCAUGAUUUCUGUGAUAGUUUUUUGGCUGACCUUCUCGUAGACUCUCAUGAACAACCCUCCGUAAUCGACUUCGAUUCCAAUGCCUCCGACUGUGGUAACGAUUUAACCAAUUCCCAGAAAGAGGAUGUACAUAAGGUUUCUCCCGCCGCACCAACAGACGAUUGCUGUGGUAGUUUUGUGGCUGAUGUACUUGCAGAUGCACAUGGGAGGUCCUCUGGGGUUGAUGCUGUUGUCGAUGUUCUUUCCAAUGCUUCCAAUUGCGGUGAUGACUCCAACAAUUCCCAGAAGGAGAAGGUCGACGCAGCGAGCAUCGAUGAGAGUGUAGGUGAAGAUGAUGAUGCUGUCUCCAAGAAGCGAAGAAGGCAGCUGAGAAAUAGGGAUGCCGCAGUAAGAUCUAGGGAGAGGAAAAAGAUGUACGUAAAGGAUCUAGAGAUGAAGAGUAAAUUUCUUGAAGGUGAAUGCCGGAGAUUGGGGCGUUUGCUUCAGUGUUACUGUGCUGAGAAUCAAGCCUUACGCUUUAGUCUACAGAUGGGAGGUGCUUCUGGUGUUUCAAUGACCAAGCAGGAGUCUGCUGUGCUCUUGUUGGAAUCCCUGCUGUUGGGUUCCCUGCUGUGGUUAAUGGGCACCGUUUGCCUGUUCACCCUCCCUCCACUUCCACAAUCAACUCUGGAACCUGUUCCAAAAGUGAGAAUGGAAAAAGAAGGUCCAGGAAGCGCGCCUCUCAACGAGAGAGAAAAUAACAAUUCCAUAUACUCAUACUCAUCAUUACAAUCUAGGAGGUGCAAAGCGGCGAGAACAAGGAUGAAACCAAGUAUGUUGGAUGCGAUACUUGGGGCUAGUUCGGCUCUUAUUUCAAUUUAAAUGUCGUAGGAUUUAGAAGUGUAGUGUUGCUUCGAUGGUUAAGCUGGAUGGACACUGAAUGGGAUGAACAAACGAAAGGAAACAUUAUCUUAACUUUGACUUGUGUUCUAUAUUUAAUGGAAAUAGAUAUGCCAUCAUAAAGACAAACAAAUGGGGAGAAUGGAUCGGAUGCCGUAUAUUUUGCUGCUGAGUUUAUGUUAUCAUCGAAAACCAUAUAUGGUUGUCAGCUUGAAAGGGUUGCAGCCGCAGUCAUCCAUUUUAACUUAUGCUUGUUUAUUUAGAAUUGUUCCCAUAAGUUGAGAGUCGUCUAAAAUUACGGUUUCUUUCCGUCUUUAUUAAUAUUUAAUUCAACAUCUAUUUUAAAUUGAUUGAAAAAGUGAA